AGAAGUACUUCCUGAUGUGUGAAGAAUCGCGCGAUGUGUAGCCCUGCUAUGCUGAGUACAGCAGACGCUAAAGGGUAAAACCUUGGUAGUCCCAGUCUUGGAGGAGUGUGCAGACAUCUACCUUUUCCUCGAAGUCUUGCGCCCUUCUGUCCGAAGAGGACUUGAGUUCAUACGGGUCGUUACAACGUGGGAUGCAGAGAGCUGCUAAACUCAUGAAGGUCUUCUUGACGAGGCGCAUCCCUCAAGAGGGGAUGAAGAUCCUGUCAACGGCUGAAGUAUGUGAGGUGUCCCUGUGGGACUCUGAUGAACCUGUGCCAAGGGCAGAGCUUCUCAAAGGUGUGCAGGGGGCUCACGGCCUUCUGUGUCUGCUGUCCGAUAAGAUUGAUGCUGAGGUCCUGGAUGCUGCAGGGUCAAACCUGAAAGUAAUCAGCACUCUGUCAGUGGGAUUUGACCACUUGGCUAUGGAUGAAAUCAAAAAACGUGGCAUACGUGUUGGAUACACUCCAGACGUCCUGACUGACGCCACAGCAGAACUGACUGUAGCUCUGCUGCUGGCCACAGCUCGCAGGUUACCAGAGGGAGUGGAGGAAGUCAAGAAUGGUGGCUGGAGCUCCUGGAAGCCUCUCUGGCUCUGUGGUUAUGGCCUAUCUGGCAGCACAGUAGGAAUCAUUGGACUGGGUCGCAUCGGCAUGGCCAUUGCUCAGAGACUCAUGCCCUUUGGAGUGAAGAGGCUGCUAUACUCUGGGAGGACAGCCAAGGCCAAUGCUGCUGAGGUGAAUGGAGAGUUUGUUUCCCUGGACACACUUGUGUCUGAGAGCGACUUCAUAGUUGUUUCCUGCUCCCUGACGCCAGAAACCCAGGGGCUAUGUGACAAAGCCUUCUUCAGAAAGAUGAAAAACACAGCAGUCUUUGUCAACUCAAGCAGGGGAGCUGUGGUGAACCAGGAGGAUCUGUAUGAGGCUUUGACCAGUGGGCAGAUAGCUGCAGCUGGACUGGAUGUCACAACACCUGAGCCGCUCCCAACAAACCACCCCCUACUGACACUUAAAAACUGCGUGGUGUUGCCACACAUCGGCAGCGCCACCUACUCCACAAGGGGCAUCAUGGCAGCUUUGUCGGCUCAAAACCUACUGGGAGGUUUACAGGGCACCGACAUGCCCAGUGAACUCACCUUCUAGUGCCUGAAACUACCUCCUCUGGUGCUGCACGGAUCGUGGUAAUGAACUGGUCUAUUAAUGGGCUGCAUUGUGAGAUUAAAUUUGAACUAAGGCUGAGAAAAAUGUCAAGAAUACUAACGCAGUUCAGACAUUUUGUCACCCAGUCGUUGUUUAGUUGAUAGUUUUGUUUGUCUCAAUACAAAAUUUUGACAAUUCAAACAUGUAUUUGAGUUUGUGAGAAAACCCUGCAGCACUCCUUAACCUUCAUUUUUCUCAAAACACUUUAAACAACCAUAAACCUUAUGUGGAAAAUUGUAGUUGUACUGCAAUAAUGUUUUGUCAUUUGCUUAAAAAUAUCACAAAAUGUAAUGUUUGCCAUUAAGAUAUGGAUUAUACUUACUGGUCUGCACUUUAUUCUGAUGUUAAUGCUCCAUGUCCACUGGUUACCAUGUCCCCAAAACAGUACAGCACUCCAGGUUUGUGUAGAACUUUUGUUUCUGAAAAAUAAAAACUGAUGGCUUCGUUCAAAUGUAGUGUGUGUGCAUUUUAGAAAUUUGUUUUGCUCAAAAUAGAUUUAAAAUUAAAGUAC